AUGAGCCCUCGUGAGACGAAGUUUGAAGCGGUGCAUAUCCCAAUGCCAAAGAGCACAUGUGUAGAAAUUCUCGAUGUGUCCGGUGGAUACUCUCACGUGAUGAAGGAAAAUGGGCAAGAUGGUUCAGUUCCAAGUUAUUUCCUGGAAUUGGUUGACAUACCAGGAGACACGUUAGCUGAACAAAUCGACUACCGUCGAAUGUGGCACGCAGUGGUAGACGAGGUGAUGCCGGCAGAUGAACCUGUCUGCCCACUAUCUUGUGAAAAGGGAGUCCGUGCCGUUGUACCGAUAAUACCGGAUGGACGUCCUGUUUUUGUGGUCCCAUUGGCGGACGUGAAUGUCUGCGAAGGCGAGCGGGUCGUUCUUCAUCCCGAGAUCAGCUCGACAACGCCGUUCACUGUCACAUGGCGAGGACCAGCUGUUCAAGCUGGACGGGCAAGCGUGAAGAGCGAUGGUGCAUCUACAACUCUGACCAUCAACAAAGUUACCGCACUCGACUAUGGGCCGUAUUCUGUGGUGGCCAAGAACGAUUACGGUAUUGCUUCAUCGGUUUCUGUGGUCAAAGUGAUCGCUCAUCCAGGUACGGGUUCGUAG